GCACGUGCGCGGGGCGGGAGGGGUCAGCUGACGUCUCGGCGGGAGCAGGUGAGGCGAGGCAGGUCUGCAGCCGCCCCGGAGGAUGGACAUCAGGCCGAACCACACCAUCUACAUCAACAAUAUCAAUGACAAGAUUAAGAAAGAAGAGCUGAAGAGAUCCCUGUAUGCAUUAUUCUCACAGUUUGGUCAUGUGGUCGACAUUGUGGCUUUAAAGACAAUGAAGAUGAGAGGACAGGCUUUUGUUAUCUUUAAAGAACUUGGAUCAUCUACCAAUGCUUUGAGACAACUGCAAGGCUUUCCAUUUUAUGGGAAACCAAUGCGUAUUCAAUAUGCAAAAACAGACUCUGAUAUAAUCUCUAAAAUGCGGGGUACCUUUGCUGAUAAGGAAAAAAGGAAGGAAAAGAAGAAGGCCAAAUCUCUGGAGCAGUCAGCAAAUGCAGCAAAUAAAAAAGUUAUCCAGGGAGCAACACCAAAUUCAGCCAGUGCCCCAGGGACUGCAGCCCAGAAUCAGCAGGUGCCUGAUAACCCACCAAACUACAUCCUUUUCCUUAAUAACUUGCCUGAGGAAACAAACGAGAUGAUGCUGUCCAUGUUAUUCAAUCAGUUUCCUGGAUUCAAAGAAGUACGCUUAGUGCCUGGCCGCCAUGACAUUGCAUUUGUGGAGUUUGAAAAUGAAAAUCAAGCAGGAGCUGCUCGAGAUGCUCUCCAAGGAUUCAAAAUUACCCCAUCUCACGCUAUGAAAAUCACUUAUGCAAAGAAAUAAUCGGGUGCUCCGAAAAGGGACUUCUGUGCAUGGCUGUUGCUUAAUACAGUGAUACUUGGAUGAGUUAGUGUGUUUGUUGUUCUCUGCAGAAAACUUGGAAGACUUGUAUAAACUUGCCACAACAGCCAAGAAAGAAGUAGAAUUUCCAUGGUCCUACUGGAUAGUAAAUUUUUGUAUUGAAAUACUUUUAUAAAAUAAAUUCAGUUUAUGCUGUUUUCAAGCCAUUUUUUUUCCCUCAGGUCUGCCUUGGUAUUGAUCUGUUAGGCUUGCAGGGCUUAUUGAGUAUUUUGGUUUAACUACUUUUAAGGUGACACUCAUUUCUCAGAAGUGAGUGCUGGAAAAAUAGUGCUCUUUACCAGAGCAAAAAGCAUGAGCAGGAAUGCUAAAUGCCAACAUAUUAAGAAUAAAUUCAACUGUCAAUCUUCA